AUGACCGUCCCCGAGUACGCCGCAAGGUUCAACAAACUCUCGACGCGCACCGGCUACUCCAAAGCUGACCUCCGCGACCGCUUCUACGAACACCUUGCGGACUCCAUCAAGGACAAGUUGGUACACAUGGCAAGGCCCAUCGCUUCUCUGGAGGACCUCAUCACGGUCUCCUCCGACAUCGACGUCCGCGUUCGCCAACGCCGUGCUGAACGAGAGCACCAGCGCGGACGCACCGCGACCACCAUCACGGCCACCAAGCCAGCUGCCCCUCUGCACACCACGCCCUUCACGCCGCAUAUCAGAGACCCGAACGCAAUGGACAUCGACGCCACCCGCACGCGCGAGGAGUUCAAUCGCCUCAUGCGCGGCAAGUGUUACGGCUGCGGGUCUAUGGCGCACGUCAAGAAGGAUGGCGGCCACGACCGGGACAUCUGUGGCUACUGUCGCCGCGUAGGGCACCGCGAGACAGUAUGCAUGGACAAGUUCCUGAAGAAGCCCCGCUCGCAGAAACUCGCUGCCACAGAGGAAGGACCGGAGGAGCCCCAGGUUGCAGUGUCAACGUCGACGUCUGCGGAUGCCGGAGCGACCAACGCCCUCAUUGCCCAGCUCAUGGAGCAGCAGAAGGCCCUCGCCAACCAGCUUGCCUCUCUGCAGAAGUCUUUUUAG